UUCUCUGUCUACUGGUGAGACUUCACGAGAAUCACCCAGGUAGAACGUAGGGUUACCUGUAAGCCUGUCUGGAUAUGUACGUCCUGGUUGCACAGGUAGAAAUCACACCCUAGCUCAAGACCUAUUGUGCCAUAUCACAUUAUUUGGGUACAUGUACGGAUACACAACAUUUCUCCAUUUUACUUGGGAAACUCAGGCCCAGUACUAAGAAAAUCUACACCUGGACAGUGAUUGAAAGGACCUGUAUACAGUGUAUGCUAACAAGGGAAACAGACAGGAAGAUGCUGAACUGUGAUUAUAGAUUUAAUCGUAUACAGCACACCUGGCUAUUAUAGGGUAUGAUUGGAUUCACCAGCCUCAUUAUCCUACCUGUCUCUACCUGUACUUAUUGAUGGGAAUAUAUAUCGGGUGUAAUCGGAUGGAGUUCCAGACCUAACGUCAAAUUUAACCUGUCAUACAGUCAGAUUAAUCUCAUCAUAUCUGGGCUGACAGUUGUGUGUUUACAAUAUCUGUAAUUGAUUUACAGUGGUGAAAUAAUGACAAAACGACAUUAGUUGGAGAUUUGGAAUUAUCAGGCAUAUAUGUGAGACAUUUAUUGGUCAUAAGGGAUUUAAAAAUUCCAUUUUACAGCAAGGUGUAUGACCAGGGGAGGAAGUGAUCUGUAGCCAUAGCAACCACAGAACGACAAAAUGGCCAAGAUUGGUUUUAUACGAGUGAAACUCCUAGAGGUGGAGAAGGGUGCCUUGAUGGAUUCGAAUGCCGGCGACCUGUUUGACCCCUAUGUGGCGAUCAACGUGAAAGAGUCCGUUAACACACCAGGUCGAGGAACACAACUUGUACAGAAGAAGAGAACGAUUUAUCCAGAGUGGAAUACGUGCUUCGAUGCCCAUCUGUACGAGGGGCGAGUCAUAAACAUGAUCGUCAUGGAAAGACCCAAUCGGCUGCUUGCUGAGGUCACCCUCUCCUCACAGGCUCUAGCAGAGAAAUGCAAUGACGGCAACAUAGCUACAGUCUGGCUGGAGUUAAAGCCGUCGGGUCGUCUACAAAUACAAGUGAGAUACUUCUCCGAAAACGAAGAACAAGUUCCACCUUUAGCAGAGCCGAAUAAGGUCAACACAGGGGGUGCUAUCACACGUCGGCGUGGUGCCAUAAAACAACAGAAAGUUCAUGAGGUCAAAGGGCAUCAGUUCAUUGCCAAAUUCUUCCGUCAACCUACCUACUGUUCCUUCUGUAAUGAGUUUCUAUGGGGUUUAAACAAACAAGGCUAUCAGUGCAAAAUGUGUAAUUGUGCAGUCCACAAAAAAUGUCACGACAAAAUUCUUGGACAGUGUCCAGGAAGUGCCAAGGACAGUCGGGAAACAAAGAUGAUGUCAGAGAGAUUCAAUAUCAAUGUCCCACACAAGUUCAAGGUCAAUAACUACAUGUCUCCCACCUUCUGUGAUCACUGCGGAACUCUUCUGUAUGGCCUUUUCCGACAAGGCCUCAAGUGUGGAGUUUGUGGAGUCAACUGCCACAAGAAAUGUGAGAAAUUCAUGCCAAAUUUAUGCGGAGUCAAUCAGAAACUUCUUGCAGAAGCUCUCGGAGAAGUUCGGAAAACACCAGGUGCCGUUAAAUUACCCAAUAGCAACUCCACCACAAAUUUAAUUCCUGAGGAUAGUUCCGAUGAAGACAGUCCCAGCUAUGAGAAGAUCUGGGAUAAGAGUGGUGGCCCUCCACUGGACCCUCCCCUCAGGGCUGGCAUCCCCAAGAGGAAGUUUGCUCCUUCAGAAUUCACCUUCCUCAAAGUACUUGGCAAAGGCAGCUUUGGAAAGGUCAUGUUGGCCGAGUUGAAAGGUCAGAAGAAGUUCUUUGCGAUCAAGGUGCUGAAGAAAGACGUGGUUUUGGAGGAUGAUGAUGUGGAGUGUACUUUGAUAGAGAAGCGAGUCCUGGCCCUUGGUUGUAAUCACCCCUACCUCACCCACCUCCACAGCACCUUCCAGACCCCCAGUCACCUGUUUUUUGUUAUGGAGUACCUAAAUGGUGGUGACUUGAUGUUCCAUAUACAAGUAUCUGGAAAGUUUGAUAUCCCCCGAGCUCAACAGAGUUAUGUUCACCNAUUGCUUUUUCCAUUCUUUUUGCAUUAUUUACUCAACAGAGAUUUGAAAUUAGACAAUGUCAUGCUAGACCGUGACGGCCACAUCAAAAUCGCUGACUUUGGGAUGUGCAAAGAGGCUGUAUUCAACGAUAACAAGGCGACGACUUUCUGUGGCACACCAGAUUACAUUGCUCCGGAGAUCCUGAAGGGAUGGCGAUACAACGCGUCUGUUGAUUGGUGGUCCUUCGGUGUCCUCCUAUACGAGAUGAUGAUUGGGCAAUCUCCCUUCCACGGUGACGAUGAGGAUGAUCUCUUCCACUCCAUUCUACACGACACACCACACUAUCCAAGAUGGCUGCCAAAGGAAGCUGCACAAAUCCUUAGUCUGCUGUUCAUCCGACAGCCCAAUGAGAGGAUGGGCAUGCCUGGCUGUACCUCUGGGCCAAUAAAAUCACAGCCAUUCUUCAAAAACAUCGAUUGGGAACGCAUGGAGGGCAGACAAGUGGAACCACCGUUCAGACCAAAGAUCAAAAGCGAUAGCGAUUUCUCAAACUUUGACUCCGACUUUACCGCCGAGAAGCCAAAUCUGACUCCUCCAGACAAGGACCUAAUAAAGACCAUGGAUCAACGUGUGUUCACAGGUUUCAGUUUCACGAGCUCAUCGGCUUUGUGAGGGCAGCAUUCUCUAGGAUUAAUUCUGGACCUGGGAAUAAUCAUUUAACAUUCAUAUCACUGAAUAAUGGAGGAACUAAUCAUACAGACUUAUUACAAUGUGAUUCUAUGACGACAGUUUGAAUGAAAAUAUUGAGAUUCUUGAUCGAUUUGUAUCCUUAAGAUCCCUGUUCUGGUUUUUACCAUACAGCGGUUUCCUGGUGAAGCUUGGUUUUGUUUGAAGCCAUUGCCUUUCACCAAUCAAUGAUGUGAAAAUGUGUUUUGAAGGCGAUAGUUGGACUUAAGAUAUAUGGAAGUGUUCCUAGAGUGUUUUCUGAUGUUUGAGAUUUGAAGAAGAAUAUUGCAAUAUCUUAUGUCCCGUGAUUCGUGGUUGAUAUCAUCUGCUGUAGCUAUGGUAACUGAAGUGAUUCCCGAGUGACCAACAAACACUUUAAAUUAGUGGUCGCCUGUCAACAUGACAGGAACAUACAACACUAUGGUCCCUAUGGUACC